AUGUCUCGGCAUUCACCGGAUACAUUGCUACAGGUGGAUUGCAAGAGGGCCGCACCCGAACGCGAACGUACGAACUUUAAACCUUCGGAGCAACGUGGCAUUGAUGCCCUCCGAUUUCAUUUUUCGACGUACAAUAUCACAUUUCGGGAAACUCCCCAGACCAGGCGCGAAACCCUGAAGAAAGCUGCAGAACUGUUGCGGCAGUUGUCGAGCGAACAUGAGGCGACUUCCAGGCAUGAGCCACUCCCACCCUUGGAAUUUUCGUCAGCAUCGCCCUACGAGGUUGACGAGGGGUCUCACACGUCUUAUGAACCUCUUGUAAUCCCCAACAACGAGACAUGGACAAACGCUAUUACACCAUGGAUGAGAAACAGUAGCCCAAUAUCAGACACAUCGGCGACAAGCUCGAUGGUAGAGUAUCAAGGCCAUCCUCAGGCAGAGAUUCACCAUGUCGUCGGCGGUGGGGGCGACUGGAAUUUGGUUCAGCCAACCCCUACGCAAUUUCGACAGACCUCCUUCUCCGCGCAGUGGUCGCUUAUUCACUCGAACAUUGAUCAGGUCCCGUACUAUAAAGAGUGGGAGUAA